GUGUUAUCAUCAUAAUAUUAAAUCACGUGCGCUGAUAGCCUGAUACUAGAACUUUCUCGGUGUAUUGUUACUUUUGGUGGGAUCAGUUUUAACAAUUUUAUAAAUUCGUUUGUAUUCCUGAUACAUACUUACGAAAGCUUCAUAUUUUAUAAUACUUUUUAAUAAGUGUUUAUAAUUAUCGGUAUUCCAUAUCAUAUAUUUUUAUAUUAUCUUGACAAAUAUGAGGAGAAAACCUAAUAUUCUGAUUACUGGUACACCUGGUGUUGGAAAGUCAAAACUUUGUGAAGAAUUAAUCCGGAAUGGAUUAGAUAUGGAAUGGAUUGAAGUCAGCCAAGUAGCUAAACAGUUCAAUUGUUAUUCUGGAUACGAUAAAGAGUUGGAGUGUCAUAUACUGAAUGAAGAUAAGUUGUUAGAUGAAUUGGAAGCUAGAAUGGAAGUAGGUGGUAAAAUUAUUGAUUAUCAUGGUUGUGAUUUCUUUCCAGAACGUUGGUUUGAUGUAGUGUUUGUGUUGAGAACUAAUAAUACAUUAUUAUUUGAUCGCCUUGAAAAAAGAGGUUAUUCUACAAAAAAACUUCAAAAUAAUGUACAAUGCGAAAUAUUUCAAACUUUAUUUGAAGAAGCAAUGGAAUCAUAUGACAACAAUAUAGUACAUGAGUUACGUAAUGAAACUUUUGCAGAUAUGGAACGUAAUAUUAGUCAAAUAAGUACUUGGGUUAAUCAAUGGAUUGAAGAUAAUGUGAAAAAAUAAUUUAAAUUAAAUUAAUAAUGUUUACCUAUUUAAAUAAGUUCAAAUUAAAACCUUAAUUUUUCUGAGUCUCUUGAUAUUUUUUUUUCUUAAUAUUAUAUUCUCAAUCUAUUGCAUAAUUUUAUUACAUUAUAAUUUUUUGGCUAAAAGGACAGAUUCAAAAUACUUUCCAUCAAAGGCUGCACAUUCACAUUUAAUUUUUUUAUACUUAGUAUAUAUUUCUUUUGACUAAAAUUUUGUUUGUAAUUAAGUUUUAUUAUUUU